GCUCCGUCACUGCGCGGCGCCGCGGUCUCCCUCCGGCCGGGCUCCGCCAUGGCUUCGGGGGUUGCCGCCGCCCGCUCCGCCGAGGAGCCGCCGCCGCCGCCGCCGCCGCCCGAACCUCCCGCCGAGCAGAAGCCGCCGCCGCUGCUGCCGCCGCCGCCGCCCGCCCAGGAGGAGUUCUCCUUCCUGCCGCUCGUCCACGACAUCAUCAAAUGCAUGGACAAGGACAGCCAGGAUGUUCAUCAGGUGCUGAAUGAGCUCAAGAACAAGUUCCAGGAGAUGAGGAAGCUGAUCAGCUCCAUGCCCGGCAUCGGUGUGAGCCCAGAGCAGCAGCAGCAGCAGCUGCAGAACCUGCGGGAGCAGGUCCGGACCAAAAAUGAACUGCUGCAGAAGUACAAGAGCCUUUGCAUGUUUGAAAUCCCCAAGGAGUAGGAAGAGCGCAGGUCUGCUGUCCGCGUCCAAGAUACCUCUUCUUCUGGCUGAACAGGAGAGAAAAAGGUGGCAGAAGUUUACUUUUCUUUCUUCUAUGCUUUUUUGAUCGCCUUGCUCUGAAGUUGUGUCUGUGUGGAUCGCAGGCAUGUGACGCCGAACCAGAACACUGUGUGCUUCACACAUGAUGAUUACAGCAGUACAUUCACUUUCAUCUGCUGUAGGACUGUGCAUUUAUAUAUGCAUCUCUUCUGUUUUUCUCUUGGGGUGGGGUGGUUGGGGUUUUUUUUACAUUCAAGCACGGUGGAGACAUUCUAUUUUCUCCUCACUAAGGGUCAAAGUACCUGCUGGUUAACUUCAACAAGAAAAAGGGGGCACUUUCUGCAUUUUUUUUUUCACUUAAAACUGGGCAAACAUCAAAAGGGAGCGUAAGAGGGAAGGGUGAGCUGUUUGGCCCUGCGCCUGGGAGGAGUCUCUGGGGCACUUUCCAGUCUCUGUGUGUCAAAAGAGGAAUGAUUGCUUUCAAUUACUUCUGUAUUUCUCUCUCUUUUUUUAAACAAGUGAUGGUUGUGUCUGAGAUGAGUCAAGUAAAGACUUAGAAAUUCCAAA